ACAUUAUUAAGGAAAAGAAUUAGCCCCAAAUCAGGGUUUAAAAACCAAAACCCUAAAAUUAGUGUGUGCACUGUUCCCUCCUUUGCCAACAUCCCCCACACUCACCCAUUUGACACUCGCCCUCAAAUCCCUCUUUUAUCUUUCUUGCUUUCUUCCCUUAUUUUCGUUCAAUUUGCAGCCGCUUUCUUUCGUUGAAACGAACUAAAGUUAUGGAGGUGGAAAAAAUCUGCUCUGCUAAUGCUACUCUGCAGAGAAUUAUGUGCUGUUCUAUUCUUGGGGCUGCUCAAAAAUACCUCCUUUCGCUUCUUAUAAUGAGCAGGACUCUGCUCGAUGACAUAGACGUAGUUCCAUCUCCGAAAAACAGAAGAUUCCCAUUUGGUGAUUCUAAAAAAGAUACAGAGAUGGAGGAGAACAAAGAUGCUGGUGAGAGUGACGAUGAUGACGAUGACGAAGAUGAUGAUGAAGACGACAGUGAUGAGGAUGAUGAUGAUUACUCUGGAGAUGGAGGUGGUGGCGAUGUAGGAGACUCUGAUGAUGAGAUUCAGGUCAAUGGUAACGCAGGGAGCGAUGACGAAGAUGAUGAUGACGAUGAUAGUGAUGAUGAUGAUGAUGGAGACGAUGACGACGACGAUGAUGAUGAUGACGACGAGGACAGCGAUGAAGAUGAAGAGAAACGACCAUCAAAGAAGUUGAAGUGACUUGUUAGGUCAUUUUUGUUUUCAGCUAAUAGCAUUUUUAAUGGUAGUUGUUUUGGGUCAUAUUGACUGAAAUUAUGUAGUUUGUUGGGAUUUUAGUUUCUAAGCUUCGACUUUGUGUCCAAUUGUUGCUUGUGUAUUAGACAUUAUUUCAUUGGAGAGUUAGUUGAAACAUGUACUAGCGAUGGAUUUAAUUCAUAAUUUUUUCAUCUUUUUGGUUGAUAAA